CUAGACUCCAAUCUGUCCUUCCAGCCCCAGAUCCGAUCACUGACAAACUCCAUUCUGUAUCUGCCACCCCUCUCUGCCAAUCCCACCACUUGCCUCCACUCAGUGUCCUCCACCCCUCUCUGCCAAUCCCACCAAUGGCCUCCACUCAGUGUCCUCCACCCCUCUCUACCAAUCCCUACACUGGCCUCCACUCAGUGUCCUCCACCCCUCUCUACCAAUCCCUACACUGGCCUCCACUCAGUGUCCUCCACCCCUCUCUACCAAUCCCUACACUGGCCUCCACUCAGUGUCCUCCACACCUCUCUGCCAAUCCCACUACUGGCCUCCACUCAGUGUCCUCCACCCCCCUCUGCCAAUCCCUCCACUGCCCUCCAUUCAGUGUCCUCCACCCCUCUCUGUCAAUCCCUCCACUGGCCUCCACUCAGUGUCCUCCACCCCUCUCUGUCAAUCCCUCCACUGGCCUCCACUCAGUGUCCUCCACCCCUCUCUGCCAAUCCCACCAAUGGCCUCCACUCAGUGUCCUCCACCCCUCUCUACCAAUCCCUACACUGGCCUCCACUCAGUGUCCUCCACACCUCUCUGCCA